AUUAAGAGCGUGGCGGUAGCCCGGCGUCUGCCGGCCGGCCCUGCUGGGACCGAUGCCCUCUAGCGGCCCAGUGUCUAAAAGCCGCCAAAGAGGACGACCCAUGGCAUCCCGGAGCUAUGACGGGUCCCGCCGUGGGAGUCUCCGUCGGGCGGGCGCGCGCGAGCCACCGAGCGAGGUGGCGGAGGCAGCAGCCCACGCUUCUGGGUCCUCUUGGUCUUCGCCUUUCUUCUCCGUUUCUGCUCCGUCGGCCGCUGCCGCCGCCGCCGCCGCGGUCCCCGGCCCGAUCGACAUGGCGGCGGUGUUGCAGCAAGUCCUGGAGCGCACAGAACUGAACAAGCUGCCUAAGUCGGUCCAGAACAAACUUGAGAAGUUCCUUGCUGACCAGCAGUCCGAGAUCGAUGGCCUCAAGGGGCGGCACGAGAAAUUUAAGGUGGAGAGCGAACAACAGUACUUUGAGAUAGAGAAGAGGCUGUCCCACAGUCAGGAGAGACUUGUGAAUGAAACCCGAGAGUGCCAAAGCUUGCGGCUUGAGCUGGAGAAACUCAACAGUCAACUGAAGGCGCUAACUGAGAAAAACAAAGAACUUGAAGUGGCUCAGGAUCGCAAUAUUGCCAUUCAGAGCCAGUUUACAAGGACAAAGGAAGAAUUAGAAGCUGAGAAAAGAGACUUAAUUAGAACCAAUGAGAGACUGUCUCAAGAACUUGAAUAUUUAACAGAGGAUGUUAAACGUCUAAAUGAAAAACUUAAAGAAAGCAAUGCAACAAAGGGUGAGCUUCAGUUAAAAUUGGAUGAACUUCAAGCUUCUGAGGUUUCUGUUAAGUAUCGAGAAAAACGCUUGGAGCAAGAAAAAGAGUUGUUACAUAAUCAGAAUACUUGGCUGAAUACAGAGUUGAAGACCAAAACUGAUGAACUUCUGGCUCUCGGCAGAGAUAAAGGAAAUGAAAUUCUCGAGCUUAAAUGUAAUCUUGAAAACAAAAAAGAGGAGGUUUCUAGAAUGGAAGAACAGAUGAAUGGCUUGAAAACAUCAAAUGAGAAUCUUCAAAAGCAUGUAGAGGAUCUGUUGACGAAACUGAAAGAGGCCAAGGAACAGCAGGCCAGUAUGGAAGAGAAAUUCCACAAUGAAUUAAAUGCUCACAUAAAACUCUCUAACCUUUACAAGAGUGCUGCUGAUGAUUCAGAGGCAAAGAGCAAUGAACUGACCCGAGCAGUGGAUGAAUUACACAAACUUUUGAAGGAAGCUGGAGAAGCCAAUAAAGCAAUACAAGAUCAUCUUCUAGAAGUAGAGGAAUCUAAAGAUCAAAUGGAAAAAGAAAUGCUUGAGAAAAUAGGGAAAUUAGAGAAGGAAUUAGAGAAUGCAAAUGACCUGCUUUCUGCCACAAAACGUAAAGGGGCCAUCUUGUCUGAAGAAGAGCUUGCAGCCAUGUCUCCUACUGCAGCAGCCGUAGCUAAGAUAGUGAAACCUGGCAUGAAGCUAACUGAGCUGUAUAAUGCUUAUGUGGAAACUCAGGAUCAGCUGCUUUUGGAGAAACUAGAGAACAAAAGAAUUAAUAAGUAUCUAGAUGAAAUAGUGAAAGAAGUUGAAGCCAAAGCACCAAUUUUGAAACGCCAACGUGAGGAGUAUGAACGUGCACAGAAAGCUGUGGCAAGUUUAUCUGUUAAGCUUGAACAAGCUAUGAAGGAGAUUCAGCGAUUGCAGGAGGACACAGAUAAAGCCAAUAAACAUUCAUCUGUGCUUGAAAGAGACAAUCAAAGAAUGGAAGUACAAAUAAAAGAUCUUUCACAACAGAUUAGAGUGCUUCUGAUGGAACUUGAAGAAGCGAGGGGUAACCAUGUAAUCCGUGAUGAGGAAGUAAGCUCUGCUGAUAUAAGUAGUUCAUCUGAAGUAAUAUCACAGCACCUAGUAUCUUACAGAAACAUUGAAGAGCUUCAACAGCAAAAUCAACGUCUCUUAGUGGCCCUUCGGGAACUUGGGGAAACCAGAGAAAGAGAAGAACAAGAAGCAACUUCAUCCAAAAUAACUGAGAUUCACCUCAAACUUGAGAGCGCCCUCGUUGAAGUGGAACAACUCCGUGAAUCACGGCGACAUCAAAUGCAGCUUGUCGAUUCCAUAGUUCGUCAGCGUGAUAUGUACCGUAUUUUGUUGUCACAGACAACAGGAGUUACCAUUCCUUUACAAGCUUCAAGCUUAGAUGAUAGUUCUCUUAUGUCAACUCCAAAACGUUCAAGUACAUCACAGGCUGUUUCCACUCCUACUCCAGUACCUGUAAUUGAGUCAGCAGAGGCUAUAGAAGCCAAGGCUGCCCUUAAACAGUUGCAGGAAAUUUUUGAGAACUACAGAAAAGAAAAGGCAGAUAAUGAAAAAAUGCAGAAUGAGCAGCUUGAGAAACUUCAGGAGCAAGUCACAGAUUUGCGAUCACAAAAUACCAAAAUUUCUACCCAGCUAGAUUUUGCUUCUAAACGUUAUGAAAUGCUACAAGAUAAUGUUGAAGGAUAUCGUCGAGAAAUAACAUCCCUGCAUGAGAGAAAUCAGAAACUCACUGCAGCAACUCAAAAGCAGGAACAGAUCAUCAACACAAUGACACAAGAUUUGAGAGGAGCUAAUGAAAAGCUAGCUGUUGCAGAAGUAAGAGCAGAAAAUUUGAAAAAGGAAAAGGAAAUGCUUAAACUUUCAGAAGUUCGUCUUUCUCAGCAAAGAGAAUCUUUGUUGGCUGAACAAAGAGGGCAAAACUUGCUGCUAACUAAUCUGCAGACAAUUCAGGGAAUAUUGGAACGAUCUGAAACAGAAACCAAACAAAGGCUUAGUAGCCAGAUAGAAAAACUGGAACAUGAGAUAUCCCAUCUAAAGAAGAAGUUGGAAAAUGAGGUGGAACUAAGGCAUACACUUACUAGAAAUCUAGAUGUUCAACUUUUAGAUACAAAGAGACAGCUGGAUACUGAGACUAAUCUUCAUCUUAACACAAAAGAACUGUUAAAAAAUGCUCAAAAGGAAAUUGCUACAUUGAAACAGCACCUCAGUAAUGUGGAAGUCCAGCUUGCUUCUCAGUCCUCACAGAGAACUGGUAAAGGUCAGCCUAGCAACAAAGAAGAUGUGGAUGACCUUCUGAGUCAGCUAAGGCAGGCAGAAGAGCAGGUGAAUGAAUUGAAGGAAAGACUCAAAACAAGCACUAAUAAUGUGGAACAGUAUCGUGCAAUGGUUACCAGUUUGGAAGAGUCCCUCAACAAGGAAAAACAGGUGACAGAAGAAGUACAUAAGAAUAUUGAAGUUCGCUUAAAAGAGUCCGCUGAGUUUCAGACACAGCUGGAAAAGAAGUUAAUGGAAGUAGAGAAGGAAAAACAGGAACUUCAGGAUGACAAGAGAAAAGCCAUAGAGAGCAUGGAACAACAGUUAUCUGAGUUAAAGAAAACACUCAGUAGUGUUCAGAGUGAAGUACAAGAAGCUCUUCAGAGAGCAAGCACUGCUUUGACUAAUGAACAGCAAGCCAGACGGGACUGUCAGGAACAAGCUAAAAUAGCUGUGGAAGCUCAGAAUAAGUAUGAGAGAGAAUUGAUGCUACACGCUGCUGAUGUUGAAGCUCUACAAGCUGCCAAGGAACAGGUUUCCAAAAUGAUGUCAGUGCGUCAGCACUUGGAAGAAACAGCCCAGAAAGCAGAAUCACAGUUGUUGGAGUGUAAAGCAUCUUGGGAGGAAAGAGAGAGAAUGUUAAAGGAUGAAGUUUCCAAGAGUGUGUCUCGCUGUGAAGACCUAGAAAAACAAAACAGAUUACUUCAUGAUCAGAUUGAAAAAUUAAGUGACAAAGUCGUUGCUUCUAUGAAGGAAGGUGUACAAGGUCCAUUGAAUGUAUCUCUCAGUGAAGAAGGAAAAUCUUCAGAACAAAUUUUAGAAAUUCUCAGAUUUAUACGACGAGAAAAAGAAAUUGCUGAAACUAGGUUUGAAGUGGCUCAGGUUGAGAGUCUGCGCUAUCGGCAAAGGGUUGAACUUUUAGAAAGAGAGCUGCAGGAACUGCAGGAUAGUCUAAAUGCUGAAAGGGAGAAAGUUCAGGUAACUGCAAAAACAAUGGCCCAGCAUGAGGAACUGAUGAAGAAAACCGAAACAAUGAAUGUAGUUAUGGAGACCAAUAAGAUUCUGAGGGAAGAAAAGGAAAGGCUAGAACAGGAUCUACAACAGAUGCAAGCCAAGGUGAGGAAACUGGAGUUAGAUAUUUUACCCUUACAAGAAGCAAAUGCUGAGCUGAGUGAGAAAAGCGGUAUGUUGCAAGCAGAGAAGAAGUUAUUAGAAGAAGAUGUCAAACGUUGGAAAGCACGUAACCAGCAUCUAGUGAGUCAACAGAAAGAUCCAGAUACAGAAGAAUAUCGAAAGCUCCUUUCUGAAAAGGAAGUUCAUGCUAAGCGUAUUCAACAAUUGACUGAAGAAAUUGGAAGGCUUAAAGCUGAAAUUGCAAGUAGUCUGGCAUUUUCAGUAGGAGAGAUAUUACUUAAUUUUAAAAUGAGGAAGCUAAGAUUCAGAAAGGUACCCAAGCUUAUAAGAUCGAAUGCAUCUUUGACUAACAACCAGAACUUAAUCCAGAGUCUAAAGGAAGAUUUAAAUAAAGUAAGAACUGAAAAGGAAAGCAUCCAGAAGGACUUAGAUGCCAAAAUAAUUGAUAUUCAAGAAAAAGUUAAAACUAUUACUCAAGUCAAGAAAAUUGGGCGUAGGUACAAGACUCAAUAUGAAGAACUUAAAGCACAACAAGAUAAGGUCAUGGAGACCUCAGCUCAGUCUUCUGGAGACCAUCAGGAACAGCAUGUCUCAGUCCAGGAAAUGCAGGAGCUCAAAGAAACCCUUAAUCAAGCUGAAACAAAGUCAAAAUCACUCGAGAGUCAGGUGGAGAAUCUGCAGAAGGCAUUAUCUGAAAAAGAGGUGGAAGCAAGAAGUCUCCAGGAACAGACUGUGCAGCUUCAAUCUGAACUUUCACGACUUCGUCAGGACCUUCAAGAUAGAACCACACAGGAGGAGCAGCUCCGACAGCAGAUAACUGAAAAGGAAGAAAAAACAAGAAAGGCUAUUGUAGCAGCAAAAUCAAAAAUUGCACACUUAGCUGGUGUAAAAGAUCAGCUAACUAAAGAAAAUGAGGAGCUUAAACAAAGGAAUGGAGCCUUAGAUCAGCAGAAAGAUGAACUGGAUGUUCGUAUGACUGCUCUUAAGUCCCAGUAUGAAGGUCGAAUUAGUCGCUUGGAAAGAGAACUCAGGGAGCAUCAAGAGAGACACCUUGAGCAGAGGGAUGAGCCUCAAGAACCUACUAACAAGGUCCCAGAACAGCAGAGACAGAUCACGUUGAAAACAGCUCCAACUUCUGGUGAAAGAGGAAUUGCCAGCACCUCAGACCCACCAACAGCCAAUAUCAAGCCAACUCCUGUUGUGUCUACUCCAAGUAAAGUGACAGCUGCAGCUAUGGCUGGGAAUAAGUCAACACCCAGGGCUAGUAUCCGCCCAAUGGUUACACCUGCAACUGUUACAAAUCCUACUACUACCCCAACAGCUACAGUGAUGCCCACUACACAAGUGGAAUCACAAGAAGCCAUGCAAUCAGAAGGGCCUGUGGAACAUGUUCCAGUUUUCGGAAGCACAAGUGGAUCUGUUCGUUCUACUAGUCCUAACGUCCAGCCUUCUAUCCCUCAACCCAUUUUAACUGUUCAGCAACAAACACAGGCUACAGCCUUUGUGCAACCCACUCAACAGAGUCAUCCUCAGAUUGAGCCUACAAAUCAAGAGCUAUCCCCAAACAUAGUGGAGGUGGUUCAGAGUUCACCAGUUGAGCGGCCUUCUACUUCCACAGCAGUGUUUGGCACUGUUUCAGCUACCCCAAGUUCUUCUUUGCCGAAGCGUACACGGGAAGAGGAAGAAGAUAGCACCAUAGAAGCAUCAGACCAGAUCUCUGACGAUACAGUGGAAAUGCCUCUUCCAAAGAAGUUGAAAAGUGUUACACCUGUAGGAACUGAGGAAGAAGUUAUGGCAGAAGAAAGUACUGAUGGAGAGGUAGAGACUCAAGUAUACAACCAAGAUUCUCAAGAUUCCAUUGGAGAAGGAGUCACCCAGGGAGAUUAUACACCAAUGGAAGACAGUGAAGAAACCUCUCAGUCUCUACAAAUAGACCUUGGACCUCUUCAAUCAGAUCAACAAACAACAUCAUCACAAGAUGGUCAAGGCAAAGGAGAUGAUGUCAUCGUAAUUGACAGUGAUGAUGAAGAGGAGGAUGAUGAUGAAAAUGAUGGGGAACAUGAGGAUUAUGAAGAAGAUGAAGAAGAAGACGAUGAUGAUGAAGAUGACACAGGGAUGGGAGACGAGGGUGAAGAUAGUAAUGAAGGCACUGGUAGUGCAGAUGGCAACGAUGGGUAUGAAGCUGAUGAUGCUGAGGGUGGUGAUGGGACUGAUCCAGGUACAGAAACAGAAGAAAGUAUGGGUGGAGGUGAAAGUAAUCAGAGAGCAGCUGAUUCUCAAAACAGUGGUGAAGGAAAUACUGGUACUGCAGAGUCCUCUUUUUCCCAGGAGAUUUCUAGAGAACAACAGCCAUCAUCAGCAUCUGAAAGACAGACCCCUCGAGCACCUCAGUCACCAAGACGCCCACCACACCCACUUCCCCCAAGACUGACCAUUCAUGCUCCACCUCAAGAGCUAGGACCACCAGUUCAGAGAAUCCAGAUGACCCGGAGGCAGUCUGUAGGACGUGGGCUUCAGUUGACUCCAGGAAUAGGUGGCAUGCAGCAGCAUUUUUUUGAUGAUGAAGACAGAACAGUUCCAAGUACCCCAACUCUUGUUGUGCCACAUCGUACUGAUGGAUUUGCUGAAGCAAUUCAUUCCCCACAGGUUGCUGGUGUUCCCAGAUUCCGUUUUGGGCCGCCUGAAGAUAUGCCACAGACAAGCUCUAGUCACUCUGAUCUUGGCCAGCUUGCUUCUCAAGGGGGUUUGGGAAUGUAUGAAACACCCCUCUUCCUAGCUCACGAAGAGGAGUCGGGUGGCCGAAGUGUUCCCACUACUCCUCUGCAAGUUGCAGCCCCAGUGACUGUAUUUACUGAGAGUACCACCUCUGAUGCCUCAGAGCAUGCUUCUCAGUCUGUUCCAAUGGUGACAACAUCCACUGGCACUUUAUCCACAACGAAUGAAACAGCAACAGGUGAUGAUGGAGAUGAAGUAUUUGUGGAGGCAGAAUCUGAAGGUAUUAGUUCAGAAGCAGGCCUCGAAAUUGAUAGCCAGCAGGAAGAAGAGCCGGUUCAGGUGUCUGAUGAGUCAGAUCUUCCUUCCACCAGCCAGGACCCUCCUUCCAGUUCUUCUGCAGAUACCAGCAGUAGUCAGCCAAAGCCUUUCAGACGAGUAAGACUUCAGACAACAUUGAGACAAGGUGUCCGUGGUCGUCAAUUUAACAGACAGAGAGGUGUGAGCCAUGCAAUGGGAGGGAGAGGAGGAAUAAAUAGAGGAAAUAUUAAUUAAAUGUUCUAUAAACUAUAAUAACUGUGAAUAAGAUAGUCAGAUCUGUUUUAGUGUAAUGAUUGUUGAGUUGAAAAACAUUUUUGUAUUUAAAUUGGUAUGCUUAUAUCAACAUUCUUUAUUAAUAAAAUGUAUUUCAGUGUCAAA